GGCGGUUCGGUGCACGCGUUCUUAUGGUCGCACUGUGCUUAUUGUUUGGAGUAUGCAUACAUCAGGAAUACAGGUGCCACCUGCAUCCUUGUCUUCCUGCCCCUGACGGUGCUUUACCUGCUGUGUGUAUGUCGCUCCCCUGUGGCCAGCGUGCUCCAGUAGCCCCCUGUCCUUCCCUCCACAGCCCAGCUAUGGUACCCCUUGGCCCCUGUUCUCAUACUGGGCUGGAUGACCCUCCAGAUCUUCCUUUACCUGCUGCCUAUUGGGAAGCUGUUUCUAUCGUGCUAUCUUUCUCUACAGGUUUUCAUGCCCUGUGCAUCACAGCUGUGCUGUUGACAUUGCCACUAUGGCUAGGGAUGCCCCUGGGGUAUCUCUUUGAGCUGUUGUUGCCCCUGGCAGUGUGUGCUAUUGGGGUGUCAUUCCUCCUCUCCCUCUACCUAUGCUCCUUCUGGGCCCCUCACCAUGCCCUCGCCCAGGGGGGAAACACAGGAAACCCUCUGUAUGACUUAUUUAUGGGACGAGAGCUGAACCCACGGAUUGGAAGCUUCGAUCUGAAAUACUUUUGUGAGCUGAGACCAGGUCUGAUUGGCUGGGUGGUGAUUAACCUUGGGAUGCUGAUGAAAGAGGUGGAGCUACGGGACUCCGCCUCCCUGGCCAUGAUACUGGUCAACAGCUUCCAGCUGCUCUACGUGACGGAUGCUCUGUGGAAGGAGGAGGCUGUACUGACCACCAUGGACAUAGUGCAUGAUGGCUUUGGGUUUGUUAGCCUUUGGGGACCUGGCCUGGGUUCCUUUCACAUACUGCAGGCUGCCUUCCUGGUGGUGCACCCACAGUCCCUCAGUCCUCUAGGAGCCACAGCUAUAGUCACAUUGAUGGUGUUGGGUAUUAUAUCUUCAGAAAAUCCAACUCCCAGAAGAACCAAUUCAGACGGGACCCUAUGCAUCCCAGUGUUGCAAACCUGGAGACUAUUGCCACAGCAACGGGGAAGCGCCUUUUGGUGUCAGGCUGGUGGGGCCUCGUCCGCCAUCCUAACUACUUAGGAGACCUUCUCAUGGCCCUGGCAUGGUAAGUACCUAGAAAAUACAUAAGAUCCUCUCUGCAGCCACCCUGCACACGUGUCCAUAACCAGUGGCAUUUCCGGAAUAGAAUGUCAGUGAUACACUAUCGUACUGAUCUAGCCAUACUUCCGCAAGAUUGGACACGAUGGGCCGGUUUCCCAGACAGAUUAAGUCUAGUCCUGGAC